AUGUCGGACCCUCUCAGCAUCGCAGCCGGUGUGGUGGGUAUUCUUACCACAGCGGCACAGAUCUCUUCAGUCCUGAUCAAAUUCACGAAGGCGACCAAGAAUGCGCCUCAAGAAGCUGCAAUACUUGUGCAAGAAGUCAGCGAUAUAAAUACAAUUCUGGCUACACUUCAGGUCUUUCUUCUUGGAGACCAUGCCGCCGACAGGUCAAGGACAUCUUUGCUUAAGGUAGAUCAAGUCGUGAAAGUACUCAGCAGCUGUGUACUCACAUUCUCUGAAUUGGAGAUCCUAAUGGAUGAGCUUAAAGUGGAGAAUUCUGAUGUACUUGACCGCAUGCGAUGGGCGAGAAAAGAAAUGGCCAUCACAAAACUUGUCCAAAGACUACAGAACCAUAAAACAUCGCUUUCUCUGAUACUGACGAUUCUGAAUGGUCAAACCCUCAUCGAAGCCAAGGAUUCUGUGGAUAGACUGUUCACGCUGAUAGAACAAUGCUACGAAGACAUGUCAGCCAGGAUCUCGUCACUUGAAGCGGAACAAACCUGCCCUCAUGAGAUCGGAUCUCAUGAUGACUCAGCCUCUACAAUCACCAUCACGAAGCAAGCACCAUCUUACGGUGGUGCAAAUGAUUCCAACCUAGAAAUCGCACCCGGAGACUUUGUUGAGGAUUUACAAAGAUCAUGGAAUCUGGGGCAUCAAAUGCGAUCAAAAGGAACGCCACGAGGUCAAUGGCGGAAUGAAAAGUGGAAAGCUAGUGACGAAGAGGUUGCAGAGGCGAUACAGGCUGCACGUCCUAAAAAGGCCUAG